GGUCAGUAUAGCAAGAAUCAAGAUGCAAACCAUUCAGACCAUAGAGAUGCAGUUACCUGUCCUGCGAGAGAGUUUCCACUCCUCUCCCUUCAGAGAGAGAGUGAAAGAACGGAGGAAGAGUAGCCUGACAAAUCUCAUCAGAAGACAACAGCACCAGUUACUACUCCAGCAACAACAAUCAGAAUUACAUCAAAAGCAACAGCUGUUGUCACCCUCACAGGGCCACACUGCACAUGCUCAGUUGGUCCGCUCUUCCAGCAGCCCGUUAUGUGACUUGGUAGAGCAAAUAGAUGAGCAAGAGAAAAUGAAAGAGACUGGGAGGCAGGGGGAGCUGUCUCUCAGGCAGUCCUUGGCUAUGGCGUCACAGCCUGCAUCAUCAAAGCAGCUGCUGCCGAUGGUGAAGAGAGAGAGAGAGGGAUUAGAGAGGGAGAGGGAGAAAGUACAAGGGAGCACGGAGAGGGAGAGAGGAGAGAAGAGAGAGCAGCACAGAGAACGAGAAAGUCAGUCCUAUCACACGCGUUCCCAGCAUGGCCUGAUCGCUAAAGGUGUUCGCCUUCUGAGGAGCAUGGGAAACCAGGAGGCCAAGCAGAAGAACACCACUGUCACAACAGGAGUGGAAGGUGCUGGGAAUGGGGCAAGCACCGAGGACCGAGACCAUGAAAAUCUCAAGAAGAUUAAGAAAAGUAAAUUGUCGGACGACUCGGGCAAGAAGAAAUCCAAAUCUGAAGGCUCCAGAGGUUCUGUAUUUUCCAACAUCCGUAUCAGAAAGGGCCUCUCCCGGAAAGGGUUGUCCAAAGAGGAUGUACUGGACGAUGGGAUUAGGAUUAAGAGCAUGGAUGCUAACGGCAGCAGCAAUGGUGGAAUAUCGGGUGAUGAGCUGGAGGGUCUCACGCCUGAUAGUAAGCAACUCACGGCUGAAAGCAGGCAGUCAACUCUGGACACGACAGAAGAUGAUGCUGAGAGAGAGACAGAGGGAUCAGGGUCAGAUACAGACUUCUACAGCUACCACUCAGCCGCUGAGACUCAAGAUCUGCUGUUGGAUAUCCAGAGGAUUAUCGGACAACAGCAGCAGAUGGAGGGAGUUUCUGAGGGGCAUAAAUGUAGUGGACAAGUAGGGUCUGAUGGCCAGACUGAGGUCACUCAGGGUCUUACUUGUAGUAGCCUUUCUUGUAUGGGUGAACCAGAGAAGGUAGAAGGUGUAUCUGCAUCUGACAGCAAAGAACAAGAUCUUAAAUAUAGUGGGGACACAGUAGAAGGGGUGAUUACAACCACACUAAAGGCAGAAGCAGGUGGUGAAGUGACUGAUGUUGCAAAUAAAGCUGAAUGUUUGAGCAGUUUUGCCAUUGACUAUUGCAUCCGGGAUAGUAUCACUGACACAAGUAGUGCCCAGGAUACCACAGCUGUUACCACAUCUACCAGUAACUACAGUUUUCAAGAUAGUACAGCAACAUCCACCUCCUAUGAGAGUGCCGAGGAGAUCCCGGAGAGUUCAUCUCUAUCAUCUCCUCUUGAAGAGUGUCAUUACGAUAGCAAUAGCCUGACUCAAAGCCUAGAAGUCGGUCUUAAUUCAAGAAAUCAGACCAGCUCAAUGUCCAAAAUCAGUCGGGUAAUUUUCGUCCCACAGAAGAGCAUUAGUAGUGUAGAGCUGAACGUAGAGGGUGAUGGUCAUGUAGAGGAGGUAGAUUGUGAGUAUUCCCACCAACAGAGAAGGAAAAGCAGUGGCGCGUCCAUCACACAGUGGUCAUCUGAGAACUUUUUAGGCUUGGGGUCACGACCACGUAGAACUUCCAGCGCUAACCUCGGGGUUAAACCUUAUCCUACAGUACACACUUCUUAUGUUAAAACAACCACCAGACAGCUCACAUCACCUUUAAUAUCUCCAUUGACCACUCCGUCCCUAAGCCCAAUGUGUCCUCGCAGGGUCGGUUUAGAGUUGGGCUCAGUUCAGGGGUCAUACAGAGCAGGAAGCUGGAGAACACAGAGACAACGGUCCUGUAGCAUUGCAGGUCCGGUGGGUUGUCAUGAAGAAUGGUGUGAAGCCAUACAUGAUCAGUCAGAGCUUAUUGAUCAUGGCUUCCAAAGCCUCAGAUCCAGGCAAACGCCAUCUACCUUUCCAGAUGUGUUUUCAGGUCGCUCUCUGUUCGAGAGGUGUCUUGUACAGUGGGGUUAUUCUGAACAUGACACUGCUGCACAGGAUGUUGAAAGAUUCUGUUCCCAUAUUCUGGCUUUGGGGAUUCUACAGCCUUUCAGCGACUGCAUCAGGGAACCACCCACAGGAAGUGAUGUUACAGAUAAGCCCAUUUUCAAUAAGGAGCAGCUGUAUACCUGGGCUCCAAUGGGACAGAAUGAGAUCAGAACACCUGGGCAGCUCCAAACAAUGUUGCCUCCAAGUCCGUCCCCCAUUUCUGCACAGCUGCAAGAUGGAUGCACGGGGCAAUCUGGAAUCGUUCCGGAAGGAACGUCCAUUUCCAUUCAGGAGCUAGAGCGAACAAUUGAAGAAUUACUUGUGAAAAUAUCAGAUAUGGAAAAAGACAAUGUUUUGGAUGGCACAAAGCUUGGAAAAGAGGAUCGAGAAGUGGGUGGUUUUAAUCAAACCAUUAAACAGACUAAAGUAAAUGAACAACGAGUUCAUUCAGCCAUUGAGACCUCACCUGUCGAGGAAGCCUUUAAACUUCCAGUGCCUUUAUCAGACCAAUCACAUACUCCCAAAUUAAGUGACACCGCUACUUCACCAGUGGGAUUGCCCAAUACCUGUAGCUGCCAAAGAACAAAGAAAAUCCCUCCCCCUGCACCAUCACUACUUCCUGUUGUUUCAGGUUUCCCGACACCUUCAAAACAAGAUGCAUCAAUACCUCCACCUCUUCCACCUCCACUCCCAGAUGCGAUUCAGAUCCAUCUGCCUUUCCUGGGUACUCCUCCACCCCCACCCCCACCCCCUCCACCUCCACUUCCAGGUAUGGGUCUGACCCAUCUGCCAUUCACGGGUACAGCUUCUUCCUCUCCACAACCUCCAUUCCAAAUUAUGGCUCUGCCCCCUCCACCGCCUCCGCUCCCAGGUAUUGUUCCUCCACUUGCAUCUGUGGGCAUGGCUCCACCCCCUCCACCUCCACUCCCAGGUAUGGCCCCACCCCCUCCUCCUCCACCUCCUGGCUGUGGACCCCCACCACCCCCUCCUCCACCUGGUUUUGGGCCACCACCACCCUUCGGUACCCCUCCACCCUUCAUGGGGUUGGUGCCGUCUAGCAUGACUCAGGAGUCCGUCCCCCUAAAGGCUAUCAUCGAACCCCCACGGCCCAUGAAACCACUCUACUGGACACGGAUUCAGCUAAAUGCCAAAAAGGAUGCCAAAAGUGACCUGGUGUGGGAAAAGGUUCAAGAGCCUUCAGUAGACUUUGACGAAUUUGUGGAGCUGUUUGCCAAAAGUGCAGUCAAGGAAAAGAAGAAACCUAUCUCAGAUACCAUAACAAAAUCCAAGGCCAAACAGGUUGUCAAGCUGCUGAGUAACAAACGUUCUCAAGCGGUGGGGAUUCUGAUGUCCAGUCUUCAUUUAGAUAUGAAAGACAUUAAGAAUGCCAUCUUGAACAUGGACUGCACCGUGGUGGAUCUGGAGACGCUCCAGGCGCUGUAUGAAAACAGAGCUCAGAAAGAAGAGAUGGAUCAGAUUGAGAAACAUAUCAAGUCUUCAAAAGAUAAAGAAAAUGCAAAACCACUGGACAAGCCUGAACAGUAUCUAUCUAUCUAUCUAUCUAUCUAUCUAUCUAUCUAUCUAUCUAUCUAUCUAUCUAUCUAUCUAUCUAUCUAUCUAUCUAUCUAUCUAUCUAUCUAUCUAUCUAUCUGUCUGUCUGUCUGUCUGUCUGUCUCUCUGUCUCUCUGUCUGUCUGUCUGUUGCAUUUUCCUUGCGUCAUUCAUUUUAUCCCCUCUCUUUGGUAGGUUUUUGCUGCAGUUGUCAGAGGUUCCUGAGUUCUCAGAGCGGGUUUUCUGUAUUCUCUUCCAGUCCACUUUCACAGAAUGUGUUACAUCAGUUCAGCGCAAGCUUGAAACACUGCUGAGAGUCUGUACGGCUCUAAAAUCAAGUCAAGCCGUCCUGCAGGUUCUAGGUUUGGUUCUUGCAUUUGGGAACAUUAUGAACGGGGGCAACCGGAGCAGAGGACAGGCAGACGGAUUUUCCCUAGACAUCCUACCCAAGUUAAAAGAUGUCAAGAGCAGUGAUAGUUCUCAGAGCCUCCUGUCCUACAUAGUUGCUUACUAUCUGCGACACUUUGAUGAGGAUGCAGGUAAAGAAACAUGCGUGUACCCACUUCCAGAGCCUCAGGAUCUGUUUCAGGCUUCACAGAUGAAGUUUGAGGAUUUUCAAUGUGACCUACGCAAGUUACGGAAAAAUCUGAAUGCCUGUUCAGCAGAAACAGAAAAGGUGUGUAAUGUCUCGUCUGAGGAGAACCUGCAGCCCUUUAAGGACAAAAUGGAAGAAUUUCUCACUAGAGCCAAAGCAGAGCUGGAGCUCCAGGAAAAACAGCUCGCUGGCACGCAGAGGAUUUUUCUGGAGCUGAGCGUGUUUUUCUCAGUCAAGCCUAAGGCAGGAGAGAAGGAGGUUUCACCAAACACAUUCUUCACAGUGUGGCACGAGUUUUCAUCAGAUUUUAAGGAGCUCUGGAAGAGAGAGAAUAAAUGCCUAUUGCAGGAGCGGUUGAAAGCUGCAGAAGAGACGUUUAAACAAGCACGAGAGAAGGCUACCUACAACAUAAAACCUAAACAUGCAUCAGGAAUAAAAGCCAAGCUGGGACAGAAGAUGUGAAUUUCUGCUGUACUGAAUCCAACAAAACUCUUUGUUUGCCCGGUUCUUUCUUUAUUUUCUACUUAACAGUUACUUCAGUAUAAUAAUAGCCAUGAGAAUGUUUGCAUUAUUUUAGUACAUGGACAUGGCCAGAAUUCAUACGAAGACAAUCAAAGCCCAUAUUAUGAUCAUUUUCAACAACAACAAUAAAAACAAAUCAGCCUACUAGAACACAUUUUCAUUUAAAAAAUUUUUUUCUAAUUUCUCAUGCAUUGUUGUAGCACCACUAUUUUCACUCUCUGCCUAAAACCCUCUCUCUUUUACUUUCUAUCUAUUUAAAGCCUGUCAUUCCAAAAAGCUAAGUCUGAUCUUGGUCUUGUGGUCAACCACUUACAGCAUGUCAGAAAUGUGACUUUACAGUUUUCAGCUACAGCUAUGGCAUCUUCAUUGGAAGUCCAUGCUAAUUGUUCUUUGAGGGUGGGCCAAAGCAAGUCAGCCUGUGUGCAUUAUGCAAAUGUAUAUCAUGAUGACAAGCUAAGUCAUGAAAUAAUGGCAGGACAUCAAACGAGGCAUUUCAGGCAAGUGUUUUCUGUUAGAGAGAUUAACUCCCUUUGGCAUGACUUUGUGCUUUGUAAUUUUGCAGAUCGUUUACACAAACAGCUAUAUAAUGCAGUAAAGAAAAGGUUAAAUAAUAAAAAAAGCAUCUUGCUGUAGGUGUACUUCAAAGCCAUAUAUUGAAACUAGCCACUAUUUUACAAAAGCACACUGAAUAUUUAGUAUACCUUGAUAAGUACACACAAAAUCUGCAUAUUUAUUUUCAUAUCUUCUGUCAAGAAAGUACCGAAAGAUCUAAAGUAACCUGUGCAUUAAAUUAUAAUAAAAUAGCACUCUUAUUUGUAGGUGAAAGCCACAAUAUUUAAUAAACUAUGACAGAUAAAUAGUGGAUUUCAUACAGGUUGACUAAUUAAACAAUAUGCUUCUAAAUAAUGUUCUUUUAUGCUGAACAGGAAAUGACAUUUAAGAAAUUGGAAUAACUGAAUACACAAAGAAAUGGCAAUCUCGGAUAUAAUAUCUGACUAUGUGACCUGUGUAAAGUCAUAAAAUGUGUGUUUUGGUGAUUCCUAUAUGAUGAGCCACGGCCAUCUUAUUCUUUAAAUGGAAAUUUGAUAAUAUUCUGCGUCCAUAGUUUCCUCUUGAGGUGUUUAUAUACUUCAGCCUAUGAAAUUGACAUAGAAUUGAGUGAUAUGUUGUGAGUUUCUUUGUUCCAACUGUAAGGUGUUUAAUGAACAGUUGUUGAGAAAUAUAUGCAAGUAUUAUGAUUUAUGACUUAUACCAUUCUGUAUUGUAUGUGUACAGCUGUU